GCCUAGUCGAACUGAUUUGUCCCUCUCCGCUCUCCGUCUGAAAACCUUGGCGGAAAGGGUCGUAGACAUGGCGGCCAUCAGGCAAUGAAUGAGACUUCUUGUUGCUCCAUGUUCUCCUAGCAUUUACCAUCAUCAAUGUUUCGGAUUUUCACCCUGCUUAUGGGAAAACUGACAACCAUGCCUGCAGGUCUAAUAUAUGCAUCUGUAAGUGUACAUGCAGUCAAAGAAGAGGAAUCCAAAAAGCAGCUAGUGAAACCAGAGCAGCUCCCUAUAUAUACUGCACCACCGCUUCAGUCUAAAUAUGUUGAAGAGCAGCCUGGUCAUUUACAAAUGGGUUUUGCUUCCAUCCGGACUGCAACUGGUUGUUAUAUUGGCUGGUGCAAGGGUGUUUAUGUCUUUGUGAAAAAUGGGAUAAUGGAUACAGUACAAUUUGGAAAAGAUGCUUAUGUCUAUCUGAAGAAUCCUCCUCGAGACUUUCUUCCGAAAAUGGGAGUUAUUACAGUUUCAGGAUUGGCGGGCUUGGUUUCAGCGAGAAAAGGUUCCAAGUUUAAGAAAAUUACUUAUCCUCUGGGACUGGCCACUUUAGGAGCAACUGUUUGCUACCCAGUUCAGUCCAUAAUAAUUGCUAAGGUAACAGGGAAAAAGAUAUAUGCUACAAGCCAGCAAAUUUUUGGAGCAGUUAAAUCACUGUGGACAAAAAGCAGCAAAGAAGAGUCACUCCCUAAACAUAAAGAAAAAACUAAGCUAGGAUCCUCUGUCGAAAUAGAAGUACCUGCAAAAACAACUGACGUCUUGAAACACUCAGUGCCCUUGCCAACAGAACUCAGCUCUGAAGCGAAGACCAAAUCAGAAUCCACUUCAGGUGCAACACAGUUUAUGCCUGACCCCAAGCUCAUGGAUCACGGGCAGUCCCACCCAGAAGAUAUAGAUAUGUACAGCACUAGAAGCUGAAGUAGACUGCAUACAGAGACUACAUAGAAAACUACAAGAUGUGUGACGUUGCAAAUAAUGAUGAAAAAAAUCAUGUAAUGGGUAACUGAUACAUAGAGUAUUACUUAAACCAAGUUUUUCCCUUACAUAUCCAAAUGUACAAUUUGAUAAAUUACAUAAGUGGUUAACAGACAAACUGAAUGCAAUGCAAACAAUGUUAAAUGAUUGAUGAGGAGACUUAGGUAGAAGUAUUAGCUUGCAUUUGAUGACCUUUAAAGGCAUUUAAAAAAAAAAUGAAGACAUGAACUCCAGUGAGAUUAAAAUCUGAAAAUACAUAUAUGUAUGUAUAAAGACAUACAUAUUUAUACAUAUAAACAUAUAUUUCUGCUCUAGCUUUCCCAGACUAAUGUCAGUUAAAUUAGAAUGGUGUGUGGAAAGAUGUGUUUCCCUCUGUUUUUUUUUUUUUUUUUCCGUUUCCUAGAGCUGGAAUAAAAUAUCUAUGUUUUAUGGGACUUAAGCUUGGCUUUGUCUCUUGGUUUUGUUAAUGUUAAUUCCUCUUAAAUAUCUGAAAACAUCUCUAACUAUUUGAGAGGGCCAUAUGCUACACAGGCUUCCUAAUACUGCUUGGCAAUCCUUCUACUGGUUCCUGAGUGGUUUACUAUUGUUUUCCCUAGAAGAGGUAUUACAAACCUUUUAUUCUCCUCAAACCUCUUAUAACUGUCAAAGUUGACUGUGCCUCCUGUUUCAUAGAGAAAAAAGUAAAUUAUUAGACAUGACCAUUCCCAACUUCUUCCCAUCUACCUUCAAGACUUACCUCUUUUCAGCCAUGCAUCCCCCUUUCCUAAGACAUACUUCUCUUUGUGUUCUUGAUCUCAUUCGUUCCCAUCUAAGACCAUAUUCCACCCUGUUUAAUCUCCAGUCUUUGGUUUCUCUUUUUACUAGUUUCUUUUCCUCCACUUCUACAUAGCUGCAGGUGUUCUCUGUCUUAAAUCAACAAUAACAAAACAAGACAAAAACCUUUCCUUAACUUGACCUCUCCCCUUGAACUAUUUUUUCUCUCUCCUUCCUAUGAUUGUUCUACUUCUUUAAAAAGUAAUUGUUACUUUUUGACAAAAGUAAAUAUUAUCCCUUUUUUCCCUACUUUCAAGUCCUCUCUGCCUUGUGACAUUCUGACCUCCAUACUUGCUUAAAUUUUUUUGAGAUGGAGUCUUGCUCUGUUGCCCAAGCUGGAGUGCAGUGGCACAAACACAGCUCACUGCAACCUCCACCUUCCAGGAUCAAGCAAUCCUCCCAUCUUACCCUCCCGAGUAGCUGGGACUAAGGCACCCGCCACCUUGCCUAAUUUUUUGUAUUUUUGGUAGAGACAGGACUUCACCAUGUUGUCCAGGCUGGUCUCGAACUCCUGAGCUCAAGCCUGUGCCUGAUUCAGCCUCCCACAGUGUUGGGAUUACAGGUGUGAGCCACCGCACCCAGCCCCUACCUGAAUUUUUAUGUCAUUAUUGACUCUUCACCACUAUCUCCAUGAAACUCACUUAUCCCUUUGCUUUCUAUUUUUCCUGCUUUUGUUAUUCUUCAUUUUUUUCUCUUGCUCUGAAUCCCUUAAAUGCUGAGGCUGCUCAAGUUUCAUCCCUAGUCCUAUUUUCUCAUUCCAUAUGCGCUCUCAUUUUCAUUUAACAGACCUCACUGGCUUCAGCCACCAUUUGUUUUAUUAUUCAUAUCUUCAACCCCCAUAGCUCUCUAGUGCUGUAGACCUUUAUUUCUACUUAUUAGUUAUAUUCAUCUAACAUCCCAUAGAUAUGCCAAUGUCAAUAUGCCUAAAACAAAAUUGUCUCUACCUCCCACUCCUUCAAAUCUAUUCUACCUUCUCUAAUCCUAUAAUUACUCUCCCUCAAGUCAUCAUCAUCACUUUUCUGGGUUACUGUAGUAGCCUUCAGGCUAAUUUGCUCACUGUCAAUCUUGCUUUCUCUCAUUUCAGAAUAUGUUCUGCUUGGAGGUGACAGUAAACUAGUUAAGUACUUAAUAUUAGCUUAAGCAAAAAAAAAAAAAAAAAA